AUGGCAACUCUGGAGUUCCCCUUAAGUUUGCCAGAGAUGGCAACGUAUGUGUACGACCGCCUGGACCCGAGGACCAAAGAUUGGCCUCUUAUAGGAAACCCGCUGUUCCCACUUGUAGUCUGUGGAGGUUACCUCUGGUUUGUAUAUGGAUUAGGGCCUAAGCUCAUGAAAACCCGUGACGCACUUGAUUUACGCUGGGCUAUUCGAUUGCACAACUUAUUUAUGGUAGUUUCAAAUGCUUAUUUUUUCUGCGCGUUCCUGUCCAACUCGUAUUUAGCCAACUACAACUUCUGGUGCCAAGGGAUGAUGUACGCAACAGAUUUGAAUAGUCUUCGGAUUGUUAGCCUCGGAUGGUGGUAUCUUCUUGUGCGGUCACUUGACCUUCUGGAUACAGUAUUUUUCGUGUUACGUAAGAAGUUCAGCCAUGUAACUUUUCAACAUGUGUCUCACCAUUUUUGCUGCAUUUUCUUUGGUCACAUCUGGCUCUCACUGGGCAUGGAUGGCCAAAGCCUCUUCGGACUAAGUGUCAACUCUGCGGUUCAUGUAAUAAUGUACAUGUACUAUUUUUUGGCAUCAUUUGGAUCUCAUAUGAAGCCGUAUCUGUGGUGGAAAAAAUAUUUGACAGUUAUUCAAAUAUACCAACAUUUUGCUGUGAUCGGCCACGGACUCAUCCCACUAUUCUAUAACUGUGGCUAUCCAAAGUUCUUCAUCUACUUAGCUUUGCCUCAGGGACUGUUGGGACUUGUCCUGUUUUUGAACUUCUAUGUGCUUACAUACACUGAGAAAAAUAGGUUUUUCGAUAUCUUUUCUACUUCUGUUUGUAUCCUAAGCGACGACAACGACCCAACAAAACCCUACAAAUCAAAGGCGUCUUUCGGAAACUACAAGCACCAGCAAAUCAAAAGUGAAGCUGAAGAAGAGUUAUUAGAUAAAACGAAGAAAAUGUCUUAA